AACAAAUGAAAACCCCUUUAAAUCUCUUCUCUUUGUUGUGAAGAAAUCAACAUAAGCAGAGCAAAACAAAAGCAUCAUUUGAGAAACAAGGAGAAAACUAGUGCAGUACAGGAAUGGCAAAACCAGUAAUGUGGUGGAGCUUGUUAUCACUAAGUUUCCUUCUAUCAUCUAUUACAGAAGCCUCUAUAACUUACGAUAGUAAAUCUAUAAUCAUUAAUGGACAAAGAAGAAUUCUUCUUUCUGGUUCUAUCCAUUAUCCUAGAAGCACACCUGAGAUGUGGCCUGAUCUUAUUCAAAAAGCUAAAGAUGGAGGUCUAGAUGUAAUCCAAACUUAUGUUUUUUGGAAUGGGCAUGAACCCUCUCCUGGAGAGUAUUACUUUGAAGGAAGAUAUGAUUUGGUUAAGUUUCUCAAGUUGGCUCAUCAAGCUGGUCUCUAUGUUCAUCUCAGAAUUGGUCCUUAUGUUUGUGCUGAAUGGAACUUUGGGGGUUUUCCUGUUUGGCUCAAAUAUGUCCCUGGCAUGCAAUUCAGAACAGAUAAUGAACCUUUCAAGGCUGCAAUGCAAAAUUUUACGACAAAAAUCGUCGACAUGAUGAAAUUUGAAAGAUUGUUUGAAACUCAAGGAGGUCCUAUUAUUAUGUCUCAGACUUUUGUUGAAUUGCAGAUAGAGAAUGAAUAUGGACCAGAAGAAUGGGAAAUUGGCGCCCCCGGUAAAGUGUACACGAAAUGGGCAGCUGAAAUGGCUGUAGGACUUGGCACUGGUGUCCCAUGGGUUAUGUGCAAGCAAGAUGAUGCUCCUGAUCCAAUUAUAAAUGCUUGCAAUGGUUUUUACUGUGAUUGGUUCACUCCCAACAAGAAGUAUAAGCCGAAGAUGUGGACUGAAAAUUGGACCGGCUGGUUUACAGGAUUCGGUGGUGCAGUUCCUCAUAGAUCUGCUGAAGAUAUAGCGUACUCGGUUGCCAAAUUUAUACAAACUGGUGGAUCAUUCAUGAAUUAUUACAUGUUUCACGGAGGAACAAAUUUCGGGAGGACAGCAGGUGGUCCUUUCAUAGCAACUAGUUAUGACUAUGAUGCCCCGAUUGACGAAUAUGGACUACCAAGGGAGCCCAAAUAUGGUCAUUUGAGAGAUCUUCAUAAAGCAAUCAAGCUUUGUGAACCAGCUUUAGUUUAUUCCGAACCCAUCAAAACAGUUCUUGGGAGCAAGCAAGAGGCUUAUGUCUUUAAUUACCAGGCAGGAGGUUGUGCUGCAUUCCUUGCAAACAAUGAUGCAAACUCCGAUGUAACUGUUUCCUUCAGAGACUUAAAUUACGACCUUCCUCCUUGGUCUAUCAGCAUCCUUCCAGACUGCAAAAACACCGUUUUCAACACUGCAAGGGUUGGGGCGCAAAGUUCAGAGACAAAGAUGACACCAGUGAGCAGGGGGUUUGCUUGGGAAUCGUAUAACGAAGAGACCACAGCCUACGAUGACAAAUCAGCUACAACAGGUGGAUUAAUGGAGCAGAUAAAUGUGACAAGAGAUGCUUCGGAUUAUUUGUGGUACUCAACAGAUGUCAAGAUAGAGCCAAAUGAAGCAUUUUUGAACACUGGGAAGUAUCCUGUGCUAACAGUGAUGUCAGCUGGUCAUGCUUUGCAUGUUUUCAUUAAUGGCCAAUUAUCUGGAACUGCUUAUGGGGGUUUGGAUAACCCUAAACUGACAUUUAGUAACAAUGUGAAGUUGAUUGUUGGCAUUAACAAGAUUGCCUUAUUAAGUGUAGCUGUUGGCCUGCCGUUGACGCAGAGUGUUGGCAAACAAUUUGAGACUUGGAAUGCUGGGGUUCUUGGUCCAGUCACAUUGACGGGUCUCAAUGACAAACAAAGAGAUUUAACAAUGCAAAAAUGGUCCUACAAGGUUGGCUUGACUGGUGAAGCUUUAAAUCUUAAUUCGCUCAGUGGAAGUUCCUCAGUCGAGUGGAUGAAAGGAUCUUUGAUAGCUCAAAAUCAACCCCUAACAUGGUACAAGACUAUUUUUGAUGCACCAGGCGGAAAUGAUCCUUUGGCUUUAGAUAUGGGCAGCAUGGGAAAAGGUCAAGUAUGGAUAAAUGGGCAGAGCAUUGGACGCCAUUGGCCAGCCUAUAAAGCAUAUGGAAAGUGUGGUGUUUGUAAUUAUGCUGGGGAAUAUAAUGAGAAGAAAUGCGCUAGUAACUGCGGAGAACCCUCACAAAGAUGGUACCAUGUUCCUCGUUCAUGGUUGAACCCCACUGGAAACUUAAUGGUUAUUUUUGAAGAAUUGGGUGGUAAUCCAAGUGGAACUACUCUGGAUGUAAAAGCUGUACAGAUUGUUUGUGCUGAUAUUUAUGAAGCACAACCAUCACUGGCGAGUUAUUUGGCGCUUGCCAAUGGAAAAUCUAUAGUACCGUUGAAGCCAAAAGCCCAUCUUUGGUGUACACCGGGGAAGAAAAUUUCUACAAUAAAGUUUGCAAGCUUUGGAACUCCCGAAGGAGUUUGUGGGAGCUUUAGGGAAGGAAGUUGUCAUGCUCGCAAAUCUUAUGACGCUUUUCAGAAGAAAUGUAUUGGACAACAAUCUUGUGCCGUAACUGUUAGUCCUGAGAUUUUUGGAGGAGAUCCUUGUCCAGGUACCAGGAAGAAGCUCUCUGUUGAAGCGAUUUGCACUUAAAGAAGGUUAUCAACAUUACAAAGUGGAUUCAAAUAAAUAUUGCAUACUAGUUUUUAUUUCUCAUACCAAAUUACAGUUACUUCAGCAAUAUACAUUCAUGGUCAUCAAGGACUAUUGGUUUUGGUUAUUGGCUUUAGCGGAAGGAUGAAGUUGUUGCAGCAUCAUUUGGUGAGAAGCAUAUACACAGUGUGUCGAAAGAUUGGAAAGAAGGUAAAUGUAUAUAGAGUAGCUUUUGUUCAUCAGACAAAGCCAUUGAAGAUUGAAAGCGAAUAAAGGCAUAUUGCGACUGAAGAUUUUUUUGCGUCCACAUUCAUGAUCUGGUCUGUUAAAAGGAGAAUGAUUGGCAAGUUUUUAACUUGCAAGAAUUGUGUUCUUAUGCUGUUUAAACCUUCUUUAGUUGAAGCAAAUUCUUUUCUUGCCUAUUCUAUAGAGUGAUGUAAGAGUGAUUUACAUACAAUAAGAUUAUUGAAGUUUAUCAUGGGUA